UUACAAGUCCCGAGAAUGAAAUCUGUGCUAAUUACUGGAGCCAACAGAGGCUUAGGACUCGGCAUGGUGAAAUAUCUCACUAAACACAACAAAGCAGAAACAAUAUUCGCAACAUGCCGCAAAGAAUCCGAGGAACUUAAGCAACUAUCACAUGAAAAUAAAAACCUUCACAUAUUGAACUUAGAUGUGGCAAACACGGGUAACUAUGGCGAGAUUUCAUCGCAGAUCUCAGGAGUAGUGGGUUCGAUCGGAUUGAACCUACUGAUCAAUAAUGCUGGGAUAUCCACUAAGUUUACCAAGCUUAACCUUGUGAAGACUGAGCAGUUACUUGAUAAUCUCACGAUCAACACCAUCGCACCCAUCAUGCUUACAAAGACCCUCUUGCCGCUACUGAAACAAGCAGCUGAAGCCAACAAAGACCAGCCCUUCGGAGUCCGUCGCGCUGCCGUUAUCAACAUGAGUUCAAUUCUGGGAUCUAUCGCGCAGAACGACCAGGGCGGGUUCUACCCUUACCGGUGCUCAAAGGCGGCUCUCAACGCUGCAACCAAAUCCAUGAGUAUUGAUCUCAAGAAGGACCAGAUCCUAGUGGCAAGCAUGCACCCAGGUUGGGUGCGUACCGACAUGGGUGGCAAGAACGCGCCGCUAGACGUGGACACGAGCAUCGCCGGCAUCUUCGCCACGGUGGAGCGGCUCGGCGAGGCUGACACUGGCCGGUUUUUGCAGUACGACGGAUCUGAGCUGCCGUGGUAAUCGGUAGGACGUUGAAUGAUGAAAAUAUACCAAAGCGCAAAACGUAAUAACGGCGA